GUGUUUGAGUAUGUGUCAGAUUGUUUGCCUAGCAUUACAGAGCGGUUUCUAAAUCAAGGUAAAUUUUAGAUAAAUAACUCAUUAAUUAUCGUUUCGAGCGAUCUUUAGAAAAUAAAUCCUGAAUAGAAAUUAUCUCCUUGAUAACUUUAUCGGCGUCGUUUGAUAAUAUAAAAAGAAAUAUCGGUUCCACGUUCGCAUCGGUAUAUCCAUAAAGAACGAUGAUACUCGUAUCUGUCUUGGUGUUAUGUAGUGUGGUGGCAGUGAGAAGCUCGCCACAUGCCGAUCUCGUCGCCCAGUUGGCCAAAUCCGACUCCAGGAUAGCGCACGAUAUUCUAGAAGAUGCUUCUCUGGACGUGCCGGAACUUGUCCGAAAAUAUGGAUACCCUUUAGAAGUUCAUGAUGUGGUGACUCAGGAUGGGUACAUUCUCGGAGUGCACCGUAUACCCCAUGGUAGGGACCGUAACAACAAACCUGGUCCCAGGCCCGUCGUUUUUCUCAUGCAUGGUCUGUUCUCUUCAUCAGCUGAUUGGGUGGUAAAAGGUCCCGGAUGUUCCUUCGCUUACAUUCUAGCUGAAGAGGGUUUCGACGUCUGGAUGGGCAAUGCUCGCGGUACCUAUUAUUCUCGCAGGCAUUUAACACUAAAUCCGAACUCGAAGAGGACCGGCACUUUCUGGAGGUUUUCUUGGGACGAAAUAGGCAACAGAGAUCUUCCUGCAAUGAUAGAUUAUGCGCUCGCUGUAUCCGGAAGGGACGGUCUCCACUACGUCGGUCAUUCUCAGGGCACCACGGUGUUCUUCGUCAUGGGAUCUUUGCGACCAGUAUACAAUCAAAAGAUUUUAUCCAUGCAUGCGUUCGCACCCGUGGCUUAUAUGGCACACAAUGAAAACCCAGUAUUUCGCUUUCUGGCCCCUUAUGCCCUUAGAAUCGAGCUUGCAUUGUCUUUGAUUGGUUUUACUGAAUUCUUACCUAAUAACCAAGCUACGACAUGGGCUGGUCAAAACUUUUGCAUGGACGACGUUAAGUGGCAGCCUCUAUGUACCAACCUCAUCUUCUUAUUGGCAGGAAGAAAUGAAGAACAGUUUAAUGCAACGUUGCUGCCUUUGAAAUUGGGUCACACCCCAGCCGGCGCAUCUAGCCGACAAAUAAUUCAUUACGCCCAAGGAAUUCACCAAAACGUGUUCCGGCGCUUUAACCAUGGUACAACAAUAGGGAACAUUUUGGCUUACGGUACUGCUCAGCCUCCAGAUUACGAUCUCUCCAGAAUCACCGCUCCGGUGUACCUUCACUAUACGCCAAACGAUCCUCUAGCUCAUUUAGCCGAUGUCGAGCGAUUAUACAAGGAACUACCGAAUCCCACCAAGCACAGAGUACCUCUGAACACAUUCAACCAUGUCGAUUUUAUUUGGGCUAUUGACGCAGACACACUGUUGUAUUAUCCGACCAUAGAACUGAUAAAAUCACUGGACUCACAUUUCACCGAUAAAUAGUGUAUUGAAAGAUCUGUGUAUAUUGUGAUUGUUACGAUACCUUUUUAAAUAAACUGUUUUUGAAAUAAAAGGACAUUGCUCGUUCCCCAUACAUUGAAUGCCCUAG